UCGUGACUUCCGGUCCUUAUAUAAACAGUAAAGAUGGCGGCCUCCUGUCUGCGCCGCGCCGUCCUCCGUCAGACCCUGAACCGGUUCAGGUCUUUAGGACGGGACCGGAUCUGGAUCUCACCUGGACGCAGGUCUCAGACUCACGUGGAGCAGAACAGCAGCUCUGUGACGCAGGCUGCGGCGGCACAACGCUCUGCAUGCUGGGUAAACAGACUCCAGGCGUCUGAGAGAGGAGGAGGAGGAAGAGGAGGAGGAGGAGGAGGAGGAGCGGCACUGUGUGCAGCCGUCGCCUUCUCUCUGUUCAGUAGAUCUGAUGAAAACCAAAAAGAUGAAUCUCAGAGGAAAGAGGACGAGAUGAUUCUGCUGCUGAAGAAGGCAAAGCUCAGUCUGAUCAGGGAUCAGCUCCAUGCAGCCUCUGGUUUCCUCCAUCAGGCCGUCGCUCUGGCUCAUCAGACCCACAACAACCAGGCCGUUAUCUACACCUACAGCCUGAUGGCAAACCUGGCCUAUGUGCAAGGUCAGUUGGACAACGCAGAGAAACUCUUCAAGGCAGCGAUGAGCUUCAUGUUGUCAGGAGGAACGCCACUGGACGACAACGCUGUCAUCGAGAUGUCUCUGAAACUCGCCACCAUCUACGCCGAGCAGAACAAGGCGGAGCUUGCUGAGCAUGGCUUCAGGUUCUGUACCGAGUCGCUCGAGGCCAAACUGCAGAAACAGAAAGACCUGACAGAAGAAGAGCAGACAGAGGAGCAGGAGGUUCUGAGGAAGGAGACCCGCCUCCUCCUCGGUCUGUGUCUGGACUCACGUGCUCGAUACCGAGCGUCAACAUCGCACCUGAACCAGGCGAGACAGGACUACGAGUCGGCCCUGAACAUCUGCCGCCAGGAGCAGGGAGAGACACACCCACAGACUCUAGUUCUGAUGAGCGACCUGGCGACCAUCCUGGAUCUGCAGGGUUGCCAUGACGACGCCCUGGCAUUGGUCCAACAGGCCGUGGACCUGAGCCGGUCCGCCGGACACCCGGACCAGCACGUCCUGCUGGGAAACAUGGCCGGAGUCUUGCUGCACAAAGGUCAGCUGCAGGACUCGGUCCGGUUCUACCAGGAGGCUCUGGUUCUGGCCCGGCAGGCCGGAGACAAGGAGGCCGUGGACAAGAUCCAGGAAGGACUGAAGGAGGUGAAGGAGAGGAGGGAGCAGGAGACGAAUGAGCAAUGACUGGUGGACGGUCACAGACUGGACGUGUUCAACAACUGACAGUGUGAACAUAUCAGUGAUUCUCAGACUGGUGUUAAACAUCGUCUUUGUCCCCAGAGGAUGAACCCCCAAAUAAAGACCUGCUGUAUGUCUGUA